AUGGGGACUGGAACCAAUACCUUCCCGAUGUAUUGGUUUCAAUUCCCAGAAUUCUUAGCCAACACAUCCUUUACUAAAAUCCCUUCCAGAGCGCAAGGCCUCCUCAAGGGAAGUGGCAUCAGUGAGUCCUGCCCGGGAGAAGUUGGAAUCAAGAUGACUACAGCUGCCCCAACGUCUGAAUAUUCCCUGCCUUGGAAGAAUGUGACCACGAAGUCUCGAGAGCAAAUCCUUUAUCAGAGCUCUGGAGCAAUAGUAGCAGCUAUUGUCGUGGGCGUCAUAGUAAUAUUUACAACAGUUCUGCUCAUCCUUAAAACGUAUAACAGGCAUAUGAGAACCAAACGAGAGCUGGAGCCGAAGAAUGCAAAGACCAACAUCCCUUCAGUUUUCGGACAGGACAGUAGCACCUCUGCCAGGAACAGUGCAGUGACAUUUGUCCCUGUAGACAUUCACAUGCCAAAAAGAAGACUUUGAAGAGGCAGCGAGUAGAGGAAUAAAUCAGCAAGAAGUGAACUCUGCAGACUCUUGAGGAAUGGAGUGGCUCCCGUGGUCCACGUUUCAGUGGUCUACUGGUCACCAUUUUUUUUCUUCAUAGAAGGCAAAACCUUUAAGGGCAACCAGUUGUGGAAAUAAUAUGUAUAAACUUUCCAGCUGCUUGUUGGAAAGGAUGGUGAGAAGCACAACUGCUAUCAUUCUUGGAACCAGUCAUGUCCUUCAUAUUUUCUUGCUCUGUUAAUUUAGGUCCAGCUCCCAUUGUCCUGUAAGUGAAAGUGAAUCUUCUGCUGGAUGGAGGUUCUGAAGACGUCAGAGGGAUUAGUCUUCAUCUUGGUUUGUAGAAGAUAAUAUAGGAUCAAUAUUCUUUCAUUUUUUGGCUCUUAAAAAGCAGUAGCAGCCAUUAUCACCAGUUGCCAACACUGUUUUCCCAGGAAAGCAAAGAACUUGAUUUCAACAAUCAUGUUUCGUUAGGCUGAUUUUAGCCAACCUCAAUUUUUCUUGACAAUGAGUGUGUAUUCUCCAAGUCCAAUCUUCACCUAAGUGAUAAGUGAGUUGGGUGGGCUGCUGGGGGUUCGCAGGGGUUCGGGAGAACCUCUAGCUAAGAUUCUGUGCAGUUCAGAGAACCCUCAAAUCCCACUCCUGGCUGCCCCCCCCCUGCCCUGCCCCUCCCAGGAGUCCCCACACAGCCCGUUUUGGAUGCAGGUAAGUGCAGGGCACGCACGGAGGCUCUGGGAGGGUGAAAAACAGGCCUACUGGAAGUUCAGGAAGGCCAGUAAUGGGCACGUUUCCAGCCUCCAGAGGGCCUCCAGAGCCUGGGGAGGCCGUUUUCACCCUCCCAGAGGCUCGAGGAAAGCCUACAGAGCCCGGGGAGGGCAAAAACACCACUACCCCCGCCGUGGUGCAGGAGGCCAACUAGGCCACGCCCACCAUGGCUAUGCCCACCCAGCAACCAGGCAGAGAACCCCUUGCUAAAAUUUUUGAAGCCCACCCCUGAAGUGAGUUGAUAACAUUCAGUGGAUCAAAGCUAGAAUUUUAGGCUGCCUUGUCAGGACAGAAGAUGGAUGGAGACCUCUAGGAGAAGAUGCUAGAUAUCUGUAUAUACAGAGUUGUGAGGUGGGUUUUGCUCUCCUUUUCCUAUGGGAACAUGUCUUUAAUGUCUUCCCUAAAUGCUACAGAGGGGAAAAAAAAUCAACAGAUCGAUUGUGCUUGAAUGUAUAAAGUGAUCCUGGCUAUGCAUAUAUUCUGGUGAAAGGGAACUGUUCUAGCUUAGAGUCUCAAGCACAAAAAAACCAUGAAGUGAAUCUGAAGUGAGAUUUCAUGGGAUGGUUGUGAUGCUUUUGUGAGGUCCCAACAGAUGGAGUCAAUCUAGUAUGCUAAAUUUAUGUUCCCAUUCACUUAACUGAAACUAUGCAGCACAGAAAUAAGUUUUGGGAGAUCAGCCUGCCUUCAGAAUCUUGUCGCGGAAGCAUCUGGAUUUAUUUCUUCUCCUUUUUCCUUUUGAACAAACUGAAACGGGGAAAUAUUUUUAAAGAGCAAGAAAGUAAAAUGUGGGAUGUGACUAGAUCAGUGUGUGUGUGUGUGAGAGAGAGAGAGAGAGAGAGAGAGAGAGAGAGAGGGAGGGAGAGAGAGUUCUGAUGCAUUUUUCUAUAGCAAUAGUUGAUUUUUUAAAAAAAAAAAAUUCCCAUGCCAGGAAUAAUAAAAUUUCACAGCC